AUGACAGCGAGCAAACUUGUUACAUGCUCCGCACCUGGGAGACCCAACAUCCUAGGCGGCAUCAUGUACCUCUUGACCUUUGACACCCUGGACAAGAGUCUGCUUGUGGCUCGGAAGAUCUACAACGGCAUAAAGAGAGUCAAGGUAUUACCUGAGUAUGUCGACGACAACAUAGAGACCUUGGUCGAUAUCCUUACGAGUCCUAUCUUCUGCGUCUCCGACUUCUGCAAGCUACGCUGCGUCGAGGUCACUGAUGUCUUCUACGAUGGCAAGUCCAUCCAGAUUGGUUACAAACUCGAGACUCACGGAAACUUCACGACCAAUGGCAAACAUCAGCACAGUAUUCAUUACCAGUCUGCUCGUGAAGCUGGUGAGUCGCAGAUGUACCGCCUUUGCAAACUAGAAUACUGCGAUUACAAUACCUGUGCAAACUGA